UCAAGUAAUCGCAUUUCAUUUCAUUUUCGGCAUCUAAGCCCCAACUAAAUUUCCACUUUAGAAUUCUAUCAAAAUUUAUAAGUUCCAAAAAAAUAUACACCGUGCAAUGUCUUCUUUUCGGCAAUUGAACUACCAGCAAUGCCAGAUGCUGGACCAGUGGCUGCUGACCUACGGAGUAAUGCUGAACCACCGGACACGUCACGAAUUCAGCGACGUUUUGCCAGUGGCUAGACUCUUCAACAAGGUCCAUCCAGGACGAGUGGACCUCAACAGAUAUGUAUCCCGGAACAGUGUAGCCAUGAAAGCAAGUAACUGGCGUAUUUUCAAUGCGCGAGUCCUGAAGAAAAUGAACAUGGGCCUCACGUCAAAGGAUGAGGAUAAGUUGGCCAGCGCCGUGGAGUGGGUCCAGGAUGCGCUUCUCUACAGGCUGAUGAUGACUGUUGAGGAGAUAGCCGAUGUUGGGCAAGAGUUCUGGUAUGAGAACAAUACUCCUAAAACCAAGAAGAAAAACCAAGAAACCCUUAUGUAAAUGGCUUCAACGGUGUCCCAGGAUGACUACGCUUGGAAACCUUUAAUAAUAUUCACGAGAUUUGAAAUACUUUUCAAUGGUUGUACUUGUGCUCGGACUUGUGCUCAAUGUCAAAGGACCGCUCCCCAAGGACGAACAUUUGGUAGAGGACCGAGCCUGAGCCUCGAGCCAGUUGAAAAGUGUUUUCAAUAAUCGACAGAAUCGGUUUUUGCUAGAACUUGCUGGAAGAUUUGGAUGAUUACAUGGAUUCAACAAAAGAAUUUUGCAAGAACAAACAUUUAUUUCAUGUACAACAAAAUUAGUGAACUAAUGAAAUAAUUGAA